CCAAGGAGCCUGAGGAAGAAAAUAUAUAGAAAGCUUAAUUUGCAGUAUUCAUCAUCAGCAAUGGAAGCUCCUCUGCUAAGUGACACCGUUGAAGGUGCCGUCGACCAGAAAGGCCGGCCGGCGAUUCGAUCAAAGACCGGUAGAUGGAGAUCUGCUGUUUUCAUUAUCGGAGUGGAGAUAGCAGAGAGGUUUUCUUAUUAUGGAAUUGGUGGUAACCUCAUAACCUACUUGACCGGACCACUACAGCAGUCGACGGUAACCGCCGCCGUGAACGUGAACACUUGGUCAGGGGUGGCUUCCAUGCUCCCUCUCUUGGGAGCUUUUGUUGCUGAUGCGUAUAUUGGGCGUUACCGGACUAUUCUCUUUGCUUCUCUCCUCUAUGUUUUGGGAUUGGGCUUCUUAACAUUAUCAGCAGUGCUUCCUUCUUUGAUUCCACCUAGUUGCGACAACAGCAACAACACUAGCACCACAUCUUGCCAUCCUCCUCAAUACCAAAUCAUCUUCUUCUUCUGCUCUCUGUAUUUAGUGGCACUUGCACAAGGUGGGCACAAGCCAUGUGUACAAGCUUUUGGUGCAGAUCAAUUUGAUGGGCAACAUCCAGAGGAAUACAAGUCCAAGAGCUCUUUCUUUAAUUGGUGGUAUUUUGGAAUGUGUAGUGGUAUUGUGUGUACCAACUUGAUCUUAACAUACAUUCAGGACAACCUGAAUUGGGGUCUUGGAUUUGGCAUUCCAUGUGUUUGUAUGAUGGUUGCACUGGCAGUUUUCUUGCUUGGAACCAAUAGUUAUCGAUACAAUUUCAAUGUUGAUAAUGAUAAUCCAUUCAGAAGAAUUGCACAAGUGUUUGUUACAGCAGCAAGGAAUUGGCGAUCCACUCCACCAGCAUCCCCUGUUGAUGAGGAAGGUAGUGAGACUCUUCUCCUAGAUGGUGCUAACCAAUUCAGGUUUCUUGACAAGGCAUUAAUGGCUACUGAAUCUGAAAAUUCCAAGACAGGUUGGGUAGUAUGUAGUGUCAAUCAGGUGGAAGAAGCAAAGGCAUUACUAAGGUUGGCUCCUAUAUGGGCUGCAUGUUUAGUAUUUGCAAUUGUGAACUCACAAUCCUCCACAUUCUUCACCAAGCAAGGGGCCACCAUGGACAGAAAAAUUGGGUCAUCAGGGUUUCAAAUACCACCUGCCGCCCUUCAAACAUGUGCUAGUCUCUCCAUUGUUCUUUUCAUGCCCUUCUAUGAUCGCGUCCUCAUUCCAAUUGCCCGAGCUUUUACCAAGAAACACUCUGGCAUAACAGUGCUACAAAGAAUAGGUACUGGAAUAUUUUUAUCUAUGAUCGCCAUGGUGGUAGCAGCAUUAGUUGAGAGGGAAAGGCUUCAAACUGCGAUUGAGGCCAAGAUAGUGGAUAUACCAAAAGCAACAGUUCCUAUGAGUGUUUGGUGGUUGGUUCCUCAAUACAUCUUGUUUGGAAUUGCUGAAGCCUUCACUAUGGUUGGUUUGCAAGAAUUUUUCUAUGAUCAAAUGCCAAAAGCUUUGAGGAGUGUUGGUCUUGCCCUCUACCUCAGCAUCUUUGGUGUAGGAAGCUUUCUAAGUAGCUUCCUUGUCUCUGCUAUUGAGAAGUUAACUAGUGAGGAUGGUCAUGACAGUUGGUUCUCAAACAACCUUAAUAGAGCUCAUCUUGAUUACUUCUACUGGCUUCUUGUUGGUCUAAGUGUCAUAGGAUUGUCUAUUUAUUUGUAUUUUUCUAGAUCUUAUGUCUAUAAUAGGGCAUAUAUUAUGUAAGCCUUUAUGGGGGCAUUUACCCUGG